AUGAGACUUCUUAAUCUUGUGUUUUUCUCCAGCUUUGCCGUUGCAGCUCCUGGUGCUAGCCUCCAAGCUAGAGUUGCGGCCAAUGACCCGUGCAACAUCGGUUACUGUACUCAAAAUGGAGGUACAACCGGAGGUGGCAGUGCUGCCCAGGUCACUGUGAAGACCCUCGCUGAGCUCACCGCUGCGGCCAAAGCCGAUGGACCUUCCGUCAUCUUGGUGCAGGGCAGUAUCUCUGGUGCAGCCAAGGUUCAAGUUACCUCGAACAAAUCCAUCAUUGGAAAGACGGGUAGCUCCCUCACCGGCAUUGGUCUGACUAUCAAUGGACAGAAGAACGUCAUUGUCCGCAACAUGAAGAUCUCCAAGGUUGAGGCGGAUUACGGCGAUGCCAUCACGAUCCAAAAGUCCACUAACGUCUGGGUUGACCAUUGCGAUCUCUCUGCCGUCAGAGGUGACGACAAGGACUUCUACGAUGGCUUAGUUGAUCUGUCGCAUGCUGCUGACUGGGUCACCAUCUCGUAUACCUACUUCCAUGACCACUCCAAGGGAUCACUUGUAGGACACUCCGACAAGAACGCAGCUGAGGACGUUGGCACCCUUCGCGUUACAUACGCCAACAAUCACUUCAACAACGUCCGAAGCCGAGGCCCUCUUCUUCGCUUUGGCACUGCACAUAUCUUCAACCAGUACUAUGAUACCAUGGACACUGGUCUCAACAGUCGCAUGGGUGCUCAAGCUCUCAUCCAGUCCUCAGUGUUCACCAACGUUGGAAAGAAGGCUAUCUUCAGCGAGUCAAGCUCCGAAGUAGGAUAUGUUGUUGCAGAAGACGUCAUCCUAGGCGGUGAGAGUCAGAACACCGCUCCAAAGGGUACACUGAGCUCAAGCAAGAUCCCAUAUCAGUUCACGCUUCUUGGAUCUGGAAAGGUUGCUUCGACAGUUCCGGGACAGGCAGGUCAAAAGCUCAGCUUUUAA